AUGCCAGAAAUUAAUUGCACAAAUAGUUUCCCGCCAGGUGCUUGUAUAACUUUAGCAUUUUUAAUGGCAUUAGUAGCUUUUGCUAUAAUGAUAGGAAAUGCUGUGGUCAUUUUAGCUUUUAUGGUGGACAAAAACCUUAGACAUCGAAGUAAUUACUUUUUUCUCAACUUGGCCAUUUCUGAUUUCUUUGUGGGUUUAAUAUCUAUUCCUUUGUACAUUCCUCCCGCACUGUUCGACUGGAAAUUGGAAGAUGAGUUGUGUACAUUUUGGCUCCUUAUUGACUACCUUUUGUGUACAGCGUCUGUGUAUAACAUUGUCCUCAUCAGCUAUGAUCGAUACCAGUCAAUUUCGGAUGCUGUGUCUUAUAGAGCUAAAAACACUAAGAUCUUGACGACUGUGGCUCUGAUGUUGGCGGUCUGGGUGCUGGCCUUCUUAGUGCAUGGCCCAAUAAUAAUAGUUUCAUCAUCUUGGGAAAAAAACAAAGAAAAAUGUGAACCGGGAUUUUUUUCAAACAUGCAUAUCAUCGCCAUCACGUCCGUCUUUGAAUUUCUGCUGCCAGUCAUCUCGGUGGCGUAUUUCAACAUGUAUAUUUACUGGAGCCUAUGGAAGCGUGGCAGUGUUGGCAGGUGCCAAAGUCAUCCUCGUCUCAAUUCUUCUGUCUCUUCCAGCAAUUGUGGACACUCAUUCAAGAGUCGACUCUUUUCAAGGACUUCUCUUCCUGAACUGAAGGAAACAGGAAUGUGCCUUCAUUCAGAGACACAGAGUACUCAGAUGAAGAACAAUACUCUGGUGUCCAAAAUGUGGUCCCUAUCACAUUCAGAUUCCAUAGUUCUUCACCAAAGGGAACAUCUUGAACUACUCAGAAUCAAGAAAUUAGCCAAGUCACUGGCCAUUCUCUUAGGUGCUUUUACCAUUUGUUGGGCUCCAUAUUCUGUGCUCACAAUUGUACUUUCAAAAAAGGAUUCUAAACCAUAUUGGUAUGAAAUUGCAUUUUGGCUUCAGUGGUUAAAUUCCUUAGUCAAUCCUUUUUUGUAUCCAUUGUGUCAUAAACGUUUUCAGAAGGCUUUCUUGAAAAUAUUUUGUAUGAAAAAGAAAGGCAUGUCAUCACAUAAUCGAUCAGUAUCCUCUUAA